AUGGCAUCCUCGACAACCCGCGCGGCUCGGCCCGUUUGCGUACUGUUUGGACCUCAAAGCUCUGCGAUCGCCGAAAGCUUAUCUUUUAUUCACACAACUCUUCAGAACACGCCUUCCCUCAAGUUUCUAGAGGCAGUUCUGGAGGAGCUUCCAUCAUUAUGGUUGGUCCUCACAGACACCUGGCCUGCUUUAUCGCAAGUGCCAGGGGCUGAGCAACUGGAAGUCCUUGGUCGACUUGGACAGGGUGAACGUGUGACCAGCCCCAAUGUCGCAUUAAAUGUAAUCUUGACGCCUGUUACAGUCCUCAGACAAAUGAUAGAGUAUUGGACAGACCGAAAGGGUCUAGAUAAUCAUCGGAUCAUUGACAGUCAGGGCUUUUGCGUCGGGUUCUUAGCUGCGGCUGCGGUUUCCUUCUCACACGGUACCGAUGACUUCCCAGCGAUUGCAUCGGUUAUGGUACGCUUGGCUGUGUGUAUCGGAGCGGCAGUUGACCUAGAUGCUCUGGAACACGGCCACACCCAAUCUGUCGCGGUGAGAUGGAAAGGCGAAGCGGAGAAUGAGAAGCUGAAGCAAAUCUUGCUCGGAUCAGACACGGGCUAUAUCUCAUGUUAUACGGAUACGAACUCCGCUACAAUCUCUGUAGCAGAUGCUGAGCUCCCUGACGUGAUGGAACAAUUGAAAAGCCAGGACUUGUCAGCAAAGACGAUUCACUUGGGAGGAAGAUUCCACCAUACUGCCCACACCACUUCUGUCACAUACCUCAAGAGACUAUGCGAGGUCGAUGCUCGGUUUCGAUUGCCUGAUACCAUGAUCCGCUGCUAUCUACCCCUCAGAUCCAACGUGGACGGCAAUGUUAUCCAGGACCUCGCGAGUAUACACGAGAUUGCUUUGGAAUCCAUUCUUGUAAAGCCAUCUCUGUGGUCUCUUACAGUAUCUUCGGCAUUGGAAAAGGCACAAGAAAUGGGUGAACAGCCUGAAGUAAUCGCUAUUGGGACAGAUCAGUUUGUGCCACGUCUGUUCAAACCCCGUCUUGUCGAGCCGGCCCGUUCAUCAAGUCCGAACCCUGGAAAAUACUGCGGCAACUCAAAUAAGCCCAAUUCGGGUCACCGGACAUCUGAGAACAGCAAACAUGAGCAGAAAAAUGCCCUUACGGCAGUUCCCAUAGCCAUCACUGGCAUGGGGUGUCGAUUCGCACAAGCAGAUUCUCCGGCGUGUUUAUGGGAGAUGCUACAACUAGGAAGAUGUGCCGUUGGUCCACUCCCAAACAGUCGCUUCAAAAUGGAGGAACUUCUCCGAGAGCCCAAAGGACCAUUUUUCGGGAAUUACUUGGCCAAUCCCGAUGUCUUCGACCACCGUUUCUUUGGUAUUUCAGCUCGUGAGGCGGAGGCCAUGGAUCCCCAGCAGCGACUUCUACUUCAAGUUGCCUACGAAGCCAUGGAAUCUGCGGGAUACUGUGGCUUGAAAAAGGCCGACCUGCCAACUGACAUUGGCUGCUAUGUGGGCGUCGGAUCCGACGACUACACGGAGAAUGUAGGCUCGGUCAACGCCAACGCUUUUUCAGCAACUGGAACCCUUCAGGCAUUUAAUACGGGUCGUAUAAGUCACUUCUUUGGGUGGAGCGGACCCUCAAUCGUCGUGGACACUGCGUGCUCCUCUGCUGCGGUUUCCAUUCAUAUGGCCUGCAAAGCUCUAGAAACAAAGGACUGUUCGAUCGCUGUGGCAGGAGGAGUGAACGUCAUGACUAGCCCCAGAGUCACGCAGAAUCUAGCGGCAGCUUCAUUCCUCUCCCCCACCGGGAGCUCAAAGGCAUUUGAUCGGGAUGCCGAUGGAUACUGCAGAGGUGAGGGGGCAGGUCUUGUUGUUUUGCGUCCGUUGGCCGACGCACUCCGCAAUGGAGAUCCCAUUCUCGCCGUCAUCAGUGGGUCAGCGGUAAAUCAGGGGGCAAAUUGUUCUCCCAUCACCGUGCCACACUCAGAGUCUCAGAUUUCGUUGUAUCAAAAGGCGAUGGCAGCCGCAGGCGUCUGUCCAGAAAAUGUUACAUACGUUGAGGCGCAUGGAACCGGAACGCAAGUCGGCGACCCAAUCGAAUUCGAUAGUUUGAGAAGGACUUUCAGCUUACCGGCUCGGACGCAAAAGCUCUACAUCGGUUCCAUCAAAGACAACAUCGGACACACUGAGACCGCUUCUGGAGUAGCGGGUCUUCUGAAGACAAUUAUGAUGAUGCAGAAUGGUCAAAUCCCAAAGCAGGCGAAUUUCUCCCAGCUCAAUCCGAGUAUUCCACCAUUUGGGAAUGAACUCAUCGAUAUUCCCAGACAGCUCACUGAAUGGCCAUCUGCAGUUUCAUCGAAAGCCGUGGCCAUGGUGACCAACUAUGGCGCGGCAGGCAGCAACGCCGCCAUUGUGAUUGAGCAGCGUGCAGAAUCUUUCAGCUCACCACACCAAACCUCUCUGCAUCCCUCAGAAGUCCCAGUGAUUCUGGCUGCAAACUCUGCGGAUUCACUACGAUCGUAUUGCGAGACGUUAAUCUCGUAUUUGCGGCAUGGACAAAAGCAUGACUGCGUUGACUUGGCGUAUAACUUGGCCAUCAAGCAAAGUAGGGAUCUCGAGUACACCAACGCAUUUACGGUCCCAUCCAGCGAUGUUACGGCACUUCUUGCGAAGCUUGGAUCCUUAUCCCAGGAGUCCAGGGUCACAAAGAGACAAAAUUCUUCGCGUUUACCUGUCAUCUUGUGUUUUGGAGGUCAGAAUGGAGACGCGGCCCAUAUUUCCGAGGAGCUCUUCAACCGAUGUGAGCUACUUCAAUACCAUUUGAUGGAAUGCGAAAGGGCCUGCCAAGCUCUCGACCUCCCCGGUCUAUUCCCACGGAUUUUCGACCCCUCUCCAAUUGACGACAUUGUUACUUUGCAUUGCAUUCUUUUCGCCAUUCAGUACAGUUCUGCAAAGUCAUGGCUCGAUUCUGGUCUGAAGGUAGACAGGAUUAUCGGACACAGCUUUGGCCAAUUGACUGGUCUCUGUGUUAGUGGAGGUCUCGAGCUACACGACGCAAUCCUUCUCGUCUCCGAGCGUGCGAGACUCAUCCGCGAUGAAUGGGGACCUGCGCGUGGCGUAAUGCUUUCAGUCGAGGCAACGAAUGCCGAAGUUCAAACGUUGCUAUCCAAUGGACAGGACAUCACUGUCGAUAUUGCCUGUGUGAAUGGCCCUCGCAACAUUAUUCUUGCGUCCGAUGAGGAGUCUAUCCGUGCUUUCGAGGAACUGGUGGCACAACGUGCCACCUAUCCCAUUCGCACCAGGCGUCUCAAGAACACACACGCCUUCCAUUCCCGACUGGUAGACAGUAUCGUGCCAGGUUUGACAAAGGUGGCUCAUGAUAUCCGGUUCCACCCGUCUUUAAUACCCCUGGAGCCAUGCUCAGCCAGUGGGGAUUGGUCACCUGUGACCCCGGAUGCCAUUGUGGCUCACAGCCGACACCAGGUACACUUCCAGGCAGCGGUUGAGCGAGCAGUAUUAAAGGUUCAAGGCCCCGCGGUCUGGCUGGAGGCGGGAUCCACGUCACCCAUUAUUCCCAUGAUCCGACGUGUUGUCGAAGCUAGUGCAUCUACUGCCCAUGCCCAUGUCUAUCAGUCCAUUGACUUAGAGGGUCCGCUGGCUCAGAGAAACCUUUCCCAGGCUACUUGCAACCUGUGGAACAAUGGGGUACCCGUACAAUUCUGGCCAUUCCACACUGUUCAAGGCAAGAGUUUCAAGUGGGUCAAUCUGCCGCCGUACCAGUUUUCCCAAAAUCGCCACUGGAUUGAUUUCAACCCUUAUGCCUUCUCUCCGGUGCAGGGUGAGAAAUCGGUUGCCGGCCCCACUCAGGAUAGCCCGCCCCCCUUCAUACAGCUCGUGAGCAAGACUGCUACAGAGAGUUUAUGUGCCAUCAACACAAAGGAUGCUCUGUACCAGAUGUGUACGAGCGGCCAUGCAGUUGUGGACCAGAAUCUCUGUCCUGCAUCUCUUUACAUCGAGAUGGUAGUGCGAGCUGUGCAUCUCGCUUCGCCCGGAAGCACGUCAUCGCCUCAGAUGCCGCAUGUACAGGACCUUGAGAUUUCAGCACCUUUGGUAUUGAGCCCUUCGGGUAAUGUCCUGUUGAAGCUAUCCCAGAAAUCGUCUGAUCGUGUACCAUACUCAUUUUCGCUGUUCACUCGCAAUGACAAAGGGACAGUCCUAACGCAUGCUGCUGGAAAAAUUAGCCUGCAUCCUUUCGAUCGCCCUGAUCCUCUGUUUGCGCGUCUCAAUUCCAUGAAUCGCUUAAUUGAUACAGAUCGGGUGCAGUCCAUCGAGAAUUCCCAUAUGUCCAGUGGUCUGAAGGGCCUUGCUGUCUAUCAGGCUUUCCGCAGGGUUGUCAACUAUGCGGAGUUCUACCGAGGUGUUGAGAGCGUCUACGCGACUGAGAACGAGGCUGCAGGUGUUGUUAACCUAGCCUCAUCACCUACAUCCCACAGCAGGUGCGAUCCUAUCCUCAUGGACAACUUCAUUCAAGUUGCAGGUCUUCAUGUCAAUUGCCUGUCGGAUGUUCGAGAAGGGGAGGUUUUUGUUUGCACUGAAAUUGGCGAAUUCCUUAUCGCCGAGCCAUUUGUCAGUCGUGAUGUAGCAUCAUCAAAUCCUUGGACUAUAUAUUCCAACGUUGAACGCUCCUCCAAGAACAAGAUCACUUCCGAUGUCUUUGUGAUUGAUCGCACAACAGGCAAACUUGCAGUGGCUAUACUGGCGGUUGGGUUCAAGAGUCUUUCAAUUGCUUCUCUGACCAGAGCUCUGAAAGGACUGAAUAGCCAACCAGUUGAUCAAAGAAGAGAUCUAAAGUCAAGUACGCUCUGCAAGGAAACUGACCAUGAGAUUCUUCAGAGCGCAAACGAACCUGCUCCUUCUGCCCCCUUGGAAGUGCUCUCCAGACACGAUUACUUUGUGGACAUUCAAACAAUGCUUUGUGACCUCUUGGGGAUGCCUGCCGAAGAUCUCCCACCAUCUUCUAAUCUAGAAGAGAUCGGUGUUGACUCGUUGAUGAGGACCGAGGUGCUUGCAGAAAUUACCAAGAGAUUCAACGUCUCAAUGACCUCAUCUGAAUUGGCAGAAAUUCCCAAUGUCCAGUCGCUGGUAGACACGGUCUUCCCUGCGGGAUCUACCUCAGAUUCUGCAGGUGCUUACCACCCAACCUCGCAAAGUGAAGCCUCUGAUCGCUCCUCUUCUGGCUAUGAUGACUCCACCAUUCCAACCCCCGUUUCCAUGGAGAGUUCGCACGGUCUGAUUAGCACUGCGCCUCUUGUUUUCAGCGAGAUUCAAACAACCAUGGCCCACAGCAAGGCGACUAAAUGGGAUGGAUUCUAUGGCUCUGUUUAUCCCAAGCAGAUGGAGCUUGUCACUGCCUAUGUGGUUGAGGCUUUCCAAUCUCUCGGUGUCGCUUUGAACGACCUUCAGUCUGGUCAGAGCCUGCCUCAUCUUGCAGUUCUGCCGCAGCAUCAGCAAGUUUUGAGGCAACUAUACGCCAUACUAGAAUCAUCAAAGUUGAUUCGAGACACAGAGGCUGGCUUUUUGCGAACAGAUACACCUGUUUCUCAAGUCGUUUCGUCACAAUUGCAUGAAGAUAUCGUGCGACUUUACCCUCAGCACAGGUCGGAGCAUUGCCUUCUCAAAAGCACUGGGUCACGGUUGGCCGAAUGUUUGACUGGGGCAGCAGACCCCAUUUCCCUUCUUUUCCAAAAUGCUGAAGCCCGCCAGCUCAUGGAGGAUGUAUACACGAAUGCACCGAUGUUUAACGCUGCGACCCGCCACCUGGCCCAGUAUCUCACAGGCCUUCUCGGCCGCGUUGAUACCCUCCACCAAGUCAAAAUUCUCGAAAUUGGCGCGGGAACUGGGGGGACAACAAAGGCACUCUUGGACCAACUGACCGCUGUUCCUGGGCUCCGCUUCGAAUACACAUUCACUGACCUAUCUUCAUCCCUUCUGGCACUCGCUCGCAAGAAGUUCAAGCAUUUCAACUUCAUGAAGUACCAGACCCUCAACGUGGAGCAGACACCCGGAGCAGAAAUGCUUGGACAGUAUGAUAUCAUAAUCUCCAGCAACUGUGUCCACGCCACUCGCAAUCUGGUUGAAUCAUGCACCAACAUCAGGAAGUUAUUGAGACCAGAUGGAGUGCUUUGUCUCAUUGAGCUCACCCGUAAUAUCUUCUGGUUCGAUCUUGUCUUUGGUCUUCUCGAGGGCUGGUGGCUUUUUAAUGACGGCAGAAAACAUGCACUUGCCACAGAGAAUUUCUGGAAAGACACUCUAUCUCAGUCGGGGUUCCAAUGGGUGGACUGGUCAUACAACUCCUCACAGGAAUCCAACACAUUGCGCCUUAUUACUGCCUCACCGACUCCUGCGCUGUCUCUGAACAAGGGUGUAGAGAGUACUGCCCUUCUACCGGAGAGGGAGACAGUUGUUUUUGGCGAGGAGAGUGGAGUACAGCUUUGCGCCGACAUCUUUUACCCCAAGAGUAUCCAGCCCCCCGGAAGUACUCGUCCGAUUGCGCUCAUGAUUCAUGGGGGAGGACAUGUCAUGCUUUCCCGUCGAGAUGUUCGCCCCAAGCAAAUUAAGCUGCUACUGGAAGCUGGAUUCUUGCCUGUUAGCAUCGACUACCGACUCUGCCCGGAGGUCACUCUUCUCGAAGGACCAAUGCACGACGUACGAGAGGGUUUACGCUGGGCACGCUAUACGCUUCCAAGUCUGGCACUUGACCGUUCGGAUGUCCAUCCAGAUGGAGAUCAAGUUGUUGCUGUCGGAUGGUCCACAGGAGGGCAUUUAGCCAUGACUCUUGCGUGGACAGCACCACAAGCUGCCAUCCCACCCCCGGAGGCUGUUCUUGCCUUCUACUGUCCAAGUGAUUAUGAAGAUCCGUUCUGGUCCAAGCCUAACUAUCCGUAUGGAGAGGAUUCUUCUUCUGUGGGUACGGUCUACGAUACGUGUGAUGGCAUGUCUGAAAUACCGAUCACCGCGUACAACCCUCCUGCCACCAAAAAUGCCCAGGGGGGAUGGAUGUCUCCCAGCGAUGCACGAAGUCGGAUCGCUCUGCAUAUGAAUUGGACAGGGCAGACAGUUCCUGUUCUUCUGCGUGGAAAACAUCACUUGGAGUCUUGCAAACCCAGCGGUGCCGAGGAAGCACUUCCUGACCCGACCAUUGAAGAAGUUCACAGCAUCAGCCCACUUGCUCAGAUUCGUCGUGGCUACUAUAAAUCACCCACGUUUCUCAUUCACGGCUCACUUGAUGACCUGAUUCCAUUAGAACAAGCACAAAGGACGCGCGAUGAAAUGCAAAGUCAGGGCAUCGAGGCUGAACUUCGUGUUGUGGAAAAUGGGUUGCACCUGUUUGACAUCUAUCCAAGAUAUGAAGAAGACAGAGAGGCAUGCCAGGCAGUGCUGGAUGGGUAUGAGUUUCUCCGCAGUCAUGUUCAAUUAUAG